AUGGCGGCCACGAGAGUGAUUGCGUCGGCGGGCCACGCCAUCUCCGGCGCUAUGCUCUCGAGAGCUCCGCUGAGAGUAAAACCUCAAAGCCUCAGUUUCAUCUUCAAAAGCAACAGCAGGUCGUCGGGGCAAAAAAGGCGGCUGUUCAGUUGUAGCGCGAUAUACAAUCCCCAAAUUCGGAUUCAGGAAGAGGGCCUGCCCGAAACCCUAGACUACCGCGUAUUCUUCCUCGACGAUUCUGGGAAUAAGAUUUCCCCAUGGCAUGAUAUACCAUUGCAUUUGGGAGAUGGCGUAUUCAAUUUCAUUGUCGAGAUUCCAAAAGAAUCGAGUGCUAAAAUGGAGGUUGCUACAGAUGAGGUUUUUACUCCUAUUAAGCAAGAUACGAAGAAGGGCAAACUUCGAUACUACCCCUACAACAUUAACUGGAACUAUGGACUGCUUCCACAAACAUGGGAAGACCCGUCUUUUGCAAAUGUUGAAGUUGAGGGAGCAUUUGGGGACAACGAUCCAGUUGAUGUUGUUGAGAUUGGGGAGAGCAGAGCUAAAAUCGGGCAAGUGUUGAGAGUGAAGCCCUUGGCUGCUUUGGCUAUGGUCGACGAGGGGGAGCUUGACUGGAAAAUUGUUGCGAUCUCAUUGGACGACCCUAGAGCUUCCCUUGUUAAUGACGUGGAUGAUGUCGAUAAGCAUUUUCCGGGAACUCUGAGUGCAAUAAGGGACUGGUUUAGAGAUUACAAGAUUCCUGAUGGUAAACCGGCUAACAAGUUCGGUCUUGGCAAUCAGCCAGCAAUUAAGGAUUUUGCUCUAAAGAUUAUAAUGGAAACAAAUGAGGCGUGGGCUAAACUCGUAAAAAGAUCGAUUCCUGCUGGCGAACUUUCUCUUGCCCAGCCGCUGGAAGCCCAUGAUAGACAAACGUUGCUAGUGAAGAACCCAUCAAGUAAACGAAAUUGGGCUUUGGCGACGAAGAGUGAGUGGCACGCGGCAUCGGGCUUGUACGGCGGGUUAACAUGA